AUGUCGACGAUAAGCAGAUCUCGAACAAGUCUUUCUCCUGCCACCUCUGAAAGAUCUACACUUCCUAUGGGCGCUUCCGCUGAGCCAGGCAGCCCGGAGUUCCAACCCUUAGAGCCGACAAGGGAGCAGUUGCUUGCACAUUUCUUCGAGAGAUUCAAAUUCUACACCUCGCUCUGCCUUGGCACGUCAGCUAUACUCGCUGUAUUCGCAUUCUUAUUCUUAAUUCCGUUCGUAGUAGAGCCAGCUAUACAGACGAUACUGGCUGAAUUUGCACCAGAAGCUGGUAUUUGCGCUGUAUCGGAUCACGUGUACGCUAACACUCUAACGAACUGCACAUGGGCUUCCUGCCGAGAGGGUUGUACCACUACCCAUACAAAAUGCCACAAAAUCCGCGUGAAUCUAGCAAGGCGACCAUUCGAAGACAAUACUCCUGUGCCGACUGAAUGGGACGCUACAGAUUUGAAAUUUCUGAUAAAUCCCGAAGGUUGCGGUUAUCCGCCGCGAGUGAAUUGUUCAGAAUUUGCAAACGAUUACGCCGGAAAGAAAGCACCUAAGAUUUUCCCUUGCUACUACAGUAUGACGAGACCAGACCUUGUGGUGGCGAGAUACUCCUGGGACACAACUAUCAGGGGUCUGGUUUUGGCUCUGGUGCUGCCGACAACGGUCUUCGUCUUCAGUCUCAGUGUACUCGCGUACUGGCAUUGCCAUUGCUGCGACAGAGCCUGCAAUAGGCGGGUGCACGCAGAAUCCUAUGCUAGCAAAGAAGAUAGCAAGCUCCUGUGUGAACUUGACGAAGAUCCCAGUGACGACGUGUUCUGACGGCGAACUACCACCGCCCGCCGUCGCGCCUCGCCAAGAAACGAUGGUUACACACAGCUGUAAACACACAAACAUACAUACCAUCAAACUAUAUAUCACAAUGACGUGCCGUUCUACUCAGACUCAGGCUUGCGAGCAAAUUGUGUAAAAAAAAAAACGUCUCUAUAUUCAAACUUGGGGCUAGGCCGGGUAGUUAAGGAUCUAAUCGUGUUUCGCUACGUUUAAGUAUUCGAUGUAAAAUCCGUUGGUUGAUGCUUUAAGUCUAUCAUGUGGUUCAAUAAAUAUUUUAUUAAUUAAAUAAAAAAUGUACAAAUAUUAUAAAAGAAUCAAGUUUAUAAUAAAAUUAAAAUAUUAAUAGUUUGCAUGUCGUCGGUAGCUUUUUAACGCAAUCAAAUAUUCUAUUAUAUAAUAUAUAAAACCUCUUUGAAUAUGUCACGCCACGGUCGAGUAACCGUCUUUGUGGCCAGAGCCUACCGUACUCACCUAAUGCACCUUUAUUAAUAGUUGUAAGUAAGAUUCUAUACAGAUAUUCAUUUAUUUUUAAACAUAGACAAUAAUUAACGAAAACCCAUUUUAAAAAUUAUUUGCAGAUUAAUGCAUUUUUAAUACGUUGUAUAGAAAUUGAUUAAGGACUUCGUUAAAUUUAUCUGCCUAUAUCAGAAUAUUAGCAACCACUCCCAUGUAAAUAUGAUUGAAAUCUAUUCUCAUAUAAGAUAUUUCGCUAACCACUACGCAAGACGUCUGCGUGUAUUUAAAAAUAAAAUUAUAAUUAGGGUAACAUCAUAUUAAAAAUACAUCUCAUAUCGAUAUAUUAAUAACAAUAUUUAUAUUAUUUAGUAUCAAAUUUCAUUAUAAUUUUUUUAUCUUCUUUUUUUCUUCAAUACACAAAACUCUGACGCCUUAGACAAAUCGCCUGCCAGAAGAUUGUGAUAUUUAAGCUUAAUUGUAACGAAAAAUAUUAAAUAUCAAUUAGAAUUAGGCUUCGUGUGAUAACGUUGUUAUAGUGUCGUUAAGCGGACGUGACCGCGCGCAUGACUUACAGAACCCGGACGCACGCGCAUGAGGCGCUCAGCAUGUUGGAAAAAAAAAUUGAAAUUUGAAAUAAAAAAAUAAACAUAGUAAUAUAUUAUUCCUGUUAUAAUUAUUUUUGUGAUAUCGAUAUUUCUCACGGUUGUUGUUCAUUUAAAUUAUAUCAAUUAUUCUUAUCGUCUUAAUGGUAAUAUUUUGUAAAUACAAUACUUUAUUGUGAUGUUUGUGUAAAUAUAACUUGAGUUCUAAUUUUUUUGCAUCGCCGCAUACACCGGAUGAAUAAAGCUUUUGUUUAUAA